AUGGGCCACCAGAACACCAAACCCCACAGAGAGAAGCAAGCCAAUAUAGUGAUGCUGGGACUGGAUUCUGCAGGAAAAUCCACGCUGUUGUACAAGCUCAGGUAUAAAGAUGCUUUUCUGACCACGCCAACCAUCGGCUUUAAUGUGGAUAUGAUUGAAACCGGGAGAGAUUUUACACUGACGUUUUGGGAUGUUGGAGGGCAAGAGAAAAUGAGGCAGGUCUGGAGCAAUUUCCUGGAGGGCACAGAUGGACUGCUGUACGUGGUGGACAGCUCUGAUAAGCGACGGCUGGAGGAAUCCAGGAGAGAGUUUGAGCUCAUCUUGAAGAACGAAUCCAUAAAAAACGUGCCGGUCGUGGUGCUGGCGAACAAGCAGGACUUGCCUGGAGCUUUGAACGCCGAGGAAAUCACCAGGAGGUUCAAGAUGAAGAAGUACUGCAGUGACAGGACUUGGUACGUGCAGCCCUGCUGUGCCAUCACGGGAGAGGGGCUGGAAGAAGCUCUCCAUAGAGUGACCACGUUUGCCAAACAGUACAGCAGAUCCAAGGAGUCCUUCAAAAUCCUGAAGGAAUUCGAAACACUUUAA